AUGCAUGCAAAAGAUUGUCACGAGCGAGCGCUGGAUGUUCGGCUGAAAAAGCUCGGACCUAAGCAUGUUCAUGUCGCAACGUCUUACAAUAACUUGGGUCUUGUCCCCAAGCAGCUUGGUGACGUAGAGCAGGCAAAAGACUUUCACGAGCGAGCGCUGGAUAUUCAACAGGAAAUGCUUGGACCUGAGCAUGUUGAUGUGGCAAUGUCUUACAUUAACCUGGGUGGUGUCCACCGGCGGCUGGGUGACCUAAAGCUGGCAAAAGAAUUUUACGAGCGAGCGCUGGACGUUCAACAAAAAGUGCUCGGACCUAAGCAUGUUGAUGUCGCAAUGCCUUACAAUAACUUGGGUCUUGUCCACUGGCAGCUUGGUGACCUAAAGCAGGCAAAAGACUGUCACCAGCGAGCACUGGAUGUUCAACUGAAAAUGCUCGGACCUGAGCAUGUAGAUGUCGCAAAGUCUUACAAUAAUCUUGGCCUUGUCUACGAGCGGCUGGUUGACGUAAAGCAAGCAGAAGACUGUCACGAGCGAGCGCUGCAUAUUUGUCUUAAAACAUUUGGUCCAGAAGAUGUCAAGGUAGCAGAUACAUACAAAAACCUGGGCGAUGUGCACAUUCAUCAGGGUUAG